CGCCGGCGAGGGGGAUAUUUAAUUUGGGCUCGCGCGGGGCGCUCGGCAGAGCGCGGCGGCCGGGCAGCAGCUGGGCAGCGCAGAGCGGAGCGGGCACGUGGGUCCCUGCCCUCCGCAGGGCACAGCAGCCGCAGGCAGGCGGGCCAAGGGAGCCGGGCUGCCAGGGCCCCAGGGUCGGGGUCCAGGCAGGGCUCCUCCGCCGGGACCGCCCGCGCAGCCUGCAGACCCCCCCCCCACACCCAGGCGUGGAUGCGCUGCCCGCGGCUCCCUCCCAGGGCGCGGAGCGGGCGUUGAAGUGACCGAGGCACCCCGCAGACGGGCGGCGGAAUGGGCAGCUCCUCUGCAGCCUGGGCUCGCUGAGGGCUGGGGCUCGCCACGGGCUGUUCGCAGAGCAGGGGGUUCUCUGCCCCCUGUGCACAGCCCCUUCCGAGAGCUGCUGUUUCAUGCCACCCGCGCUGCCCUCGCCGGGCAGGGAGCCCCCGAGGACGGCGCCGGGUCCCUAGUGCGCAGCGUGGAGCACCAGCCUGCGUCCUGCCCGGGCCGGGGCAGCGGGGGAUUUACAGCCCGGAGCCGGGCGCGGACCUGUUGUGGGCGGGAGAGCGACUCGCUAGGAGGAUGAGCCCGGGGAGGACCCUCGGGGGCUAAGUCCAGCUUCCCGCACCCCGGCGCCCCGAUCCCGGAGCUGCCCGGCGCAAGGCGAACCCAGCCAUGGGGCCGAGCUCAUCGCCGCUCGCCCGGCGCUGCGUGUCCGCCUGAGGCAGCGGCCUGCUCGGAUCGCAGGGCGGGGAAGGGAAAAGUGGGGAGACCCCCCCCCCAGCCCGAGCUGCAGCUGUUAGUGCGUGUGCAGGACUCUCCCCUCCCCCUCGCUGCCGCCGGCCGGACCCUGUGCCCGGCUCCCCGUCUAUAAAGAGGGGUUUAUUCUUGGGCUCCAGUCUCACGCCAAACCCUGUCCCAGCGUCUAGACAAGCUGUCGUGGCUCUAAGUCCAGCUGUCACCAUGGGGAUGGAGCCGGGGCUGCUGUGAAUCUUGCGGAGCCAGACAGAGCGGAGGGAGGGAGCGAGCCGCGGAGGGGGAAGACGCCGUGGCCCUUCGGCAGGCUGCUCGGCGGGGCGCAGGGCUGCUCGCCCGGCUGCGGCAGCGGGGAGCCGCCGAUGCUGAGUCCCAGCAGCCCCGGGGGAGCUAUUUAAAGCGACGGGCCUCGCUGGACUUUGUCUCGGCCUAUUUAUGACUCCCCUGGACUUGGCAAGGGGCAGCGCGGGGCAGUAGCGAGAGCUCGGAAACCAUCCCGGGGCGAGUCCCGGCCGCCGCCCGGGGCCUGCCUGCGCCGGCGGGAGCAUGAAGGGGCCGCAGACUCUCCUGCUCUGGGCCGGCUGGCUGCUGCUGCAACGCGGCUCCGGCCAGCCCUACCUCCGCCUCCGGCCCUCCCCGAGCGACAACCUGCCCGUCAAGGACAUCCUGGAGCACCCGGACCCCGAGUACGACCCCAAGGAGCAGGACCUGGACGAGCGGACGCUGAGGAAGAAGCUGGGCAGCAGCUUCGACCCCGCCUUCAUGUCGGUGGCCGCCCCGGCGCCGGGGAACCUCUCCAGCCCGGCGCCCCCGCCCAGGCUCCGGGGCUCGGCGCCGCUGCCCGGCGAGCUGAAGAAGCUGGAGCUGGGCGAGAGCCCCUCGGGGGCCCGCAUGAAGCUGGGCAAGAAGGCCCGGAGGAAGUUCCUGCAGUGGCUGUGGGCCUACACCCACUGCCCUGUGCGCUACACCUGGAAGGACCUGGGCGUCCGCUUCUGGCCGCGCUUCAUCAAGGAGGGCAGCUGCUUCGCCGAGAAGUCCUGCUCCUUCCCCGAGGGCAUGUACUGCAAGCCGGCCAAGUCGGUGCCCAAGACCUUUCUGCGCUGGUACUGUCAGGGGUGGUCCAGGCAGAAGUACUGCACCUGGAUCCCGGUCCAGUACCCGCUGAUCUCGGAGUGCAAGUGCUCCUGCUAAGACGGGCUGGGGAGCCGCUUCCGCCGCGCUGGGCGUGCCCCGUGCCAGGCUCCUGGAUAGACUCACCGGGAUCCCAACUGCAGCGAGGGGGGCGGUCUCCAUUGCCCUGGAUCCCAACCCCGUUGCUUGAGGAUCUCAGAGGAUCGGUGCACCAGGAGGCAUCAUCCAGCCCAGUACCUAGCUGUCUCUCGCAGUGCAGCUCGUCCCCCUUCCCCUCCAUCCCACCGCGCCCCUGAGACUGAAAGGACACACACAAAGAUGGACACACGCUCACAAGAGGAUCUGUUUGUGCGUUUCUCUCCCCUUAUUACACCCAUUGCACUGUUUUUGACUUAUUUUAUUUUAAAUGGGAAAAGCAAAACUGAAAGGAACUGCAGUGCAGGCCAGAGGCAAAGCUAAGCACUACAAUCAGAUGUUUAUUUUUAUACAUAUAUAGCGUUCUAACAAAACAAAACAGAGAGAGAGGGGGGGGAGUUACCAGUCUUGUAAAUAUAGAGAUUUUUAAAAGAAGGGGAAAAUUGCAGCUGUUUAUUAUUAUUUUAUUAUUAAUUAUUAUUAUUAUUUUAUUAUUAUUUUAAAGACAUAGGACCACAUUUUAAAUCCAUCCCACUAAAAUCUGAGUACUUCCCUGCAAAAGGGAAGGGGGAAAUUUCCAGUCAAGAUGAUUCAACAAAAAACCAACACAGAAGCCCUGGAAGAUGUUAAUUUCUAUUUGCUGUACUUUUGUCUUCUUCAGAUGUUUCAACUAAUCUGCAAAGUUCUCUACAUUUUUUAAAAGAGUUUACUGGUUAAUUACACAGGAGAUUUUUUUUAAAGUAAAAAGUUAUGAAAGAGUGGAGUCUGUUUUGUUGGUUUUGGAAUACAUAUAGUAAGGUAGAGAUGUUAAAAGAAAUUUUCUGUGUACAGUUUAUUUAUUUUUAAUGUUUGUGUAUAAAAAACCUAGAGAUGCCAGAAAAUAUUGGAAAUGUUUACUUGAAUAUUCCUUUAAAAACAUAUCAGUGUAAAUAUGAACUAUGACUGAUCAAAACAUUUUUAGCAAUAAACCCUAUCUCUGAAGAAACAAUUCUUGAUGCACUACAGAGUUCUGGGAAAGGAGAUUAUGGUACUAGGUUUCUUGGGGCCAGAUCCUGAGCUGGUGUAGCUCAGUAUCGCUCCACUGAAGUCAAGAGACUUGCACCAUUUUACACUGGUUGAGGAUCAGGCUCUGUUUUUAUUUAAAUUCACCUGGUGGGGAGAUGGAGAGGGAUAAAUGGCUGAUACAGGUAAAGGGAUAAAAUAAUUGAAAUGUUUUGGAAAGGGAGCAAUUGUCUAGUAUCUAGUCUAGUAUCUGCAUGAGUUUUUCUUCUUUCUUCACUGUGCCUUGUCAGGGUCUCUCUCUCUUACUGUGUCACUAGGAUUCUGAGUUUCAGAUUUCUCAGAUUCUCAGUGGUGGAGGAAGGGGUAGAGGUUAUCGCCUGAGCCAUUAAAAUGCCUGGCAAAAUUCAAAAGCCCAUGUGUUAGAGCAAAUGUUGUAGCUGUUGCUAGUGAUUAGCAGGGGAGGGAAGGAAUGGGGGUUGUUCAGGGCUGGGGCCUUAGAGGAAUAACCUGAGUGGGGUGGGAACUGGGAAUUCUCUCCCCAGUGGAAUGUGUCAUUUGCUAUUGAGUCAGGAGGAGGAGGAGGAGGAGCAUUCUUGGGGGACUGACCAGCAGAGGUGCUGAGUGCCUUCAGCUCCCACUGAAAUCACCAUUUGGCCUGAUCCUCCCAGAGAGUGUGCAGCAUGCCCUAUUCUCCCUCAGAUAGUGCUCAGCUCCUUGUAGGACAUCAGCCUCCAGAUGGCGGGCUGCGGGGGGAAGGAUGUUGGCAUGAUCCUGUGAGAUGCUCAAGUGAGUGGAAGUUGAAGGAGCUCAGCACUUUGCAAAGUUGGGCCCUGAGAACCACUCCUGCUCUCAUUGAAGUCAAUGGGAGUUCUGCCAUUGGGACAGGAUCAGGCCCUAACAGGGCUGCCACAUUGGAAGAGGGGGAAAAAAGCAAAAGGGAAAAGUUGGUGGCAGGAUCUGGAUUGCAACUUUGUGCAUGGAGUAGUCUGCAGAUAGUGAUGGUGACAGAGGCAUUUUUCCCAGUUGUUUGAAAUACUUGUCAUCCCAGGACAUAAAGUACAUUGCAAAGACCAAAAAAGCAGCUCUUUGGAAAACUCUUGGUCAGUGAGGAGUAAAACUCCCUCGUGCAGCCAUGUCAGCGGUGUGUGGAGAUGCUGACAGUGAACUCCAGCAAAGGCAGGGAAAACCUCUGAUCACCAUCCAUUUGAGCAAAGUGCAUUGGGAUGGUGGGCAAAUGGCAGCAGGCCUGAGUCACAUUGAAGUCAGUGGAAAGACUCCCAGGAACUUCUGUGGGGUUUGGAUCAGGCCCAUCAAGCUUUAUAGAAACCACCUCCAGCCAAUGCCUGGUGGGGAUAGAGCGCCCGCCAAGCUCCUGUGGGGCCAACGCGACUCGUGGAGGGACUGGAUUCAGAUUGUAAUAAAACACAGGCCAAACUUGGAAUAGGUGCAAACUGCUGCAGAAAGGAAAGUGUGUUUACAAGGGGAUAAUGAUUUUAGCACUUGACAUCUUCCAGGAGCCGUGUAAACUAUAAUUCACUCAUGGGAGGGGAAACAGGUUGGCCUUCCCCUGUCUCCCUCCACCCCCAAUAUCCAGUCUCUUUCAAGGGGACAGAAAAAUAACACUUCUAGUGCAACUUGCAAAACAUAAGGGGUGUUUGGGAAAAGAAUGGGUCAGCUCAUCUUGCAAG